GGCAUGGACAACAUGGACCGAGGUUUCUUCCGGAAGGUGGAUGUGCCGGACCACGCUCAUUACAUCGUGGCCUGCUUUGUCAUGGUGAUUGGAGCAGUAGGGGUCGGUGGGAACGCCCUGGUGAUGUACGCCUUCUUCAGUAACAAGAAGCUCCGAACUCCUCCUAACUAUUUCAUCAUGAAUCUGGCAGUGAGUGACUUCCUCAUGGCCAUCACACAGUCUCCCAUCUUCUUUGUCAACUGUCUCUACAAGGAAUGGGUGUUUGGAGAAACAGGCUGUAAGAUGUACGCCUUCUGUGGGGCCUUAUUUGGGAUCACCUCCAUGAUCAACCUGCUGGCGAUCUCCAUUGACCGCUACAUAGUCAUCACCAAGCCCCUGAAGGCCUUGCACUGGACCUCUAAACGCCGCACCUCCGUUGUAAUCGUCAUAGUCUGGCUCUACUCGCUGGCCUGGAGCCUGGCGCCUCUCCUGGGCUGGAGUUCCUAUAUCCCGGAGGGCCUGAUGACAUCCUGUACGUGGGAUUAUGUGACCUCCACACCAGCCAAUAGGAGCUACACUCUGAUGCUAUGCGUCUUUGUGUUCUUCAUCCCUCUGGGCAUCAUCUCCUACUGCUACCUCUGCAUGUUCCUGGCCAUACGCACCGCCAGUAGAGACAUGGAGAAGCUGGGCAGUCAGGUAAGGAAGUCCACCCUGAUCCAGCAGCAGUCCAUCAAGACUGAGUGGAAGCUGGCCAAGAUCGCCUUUGUAGUCAUCAUCGUGUAUGUGAUGUCCUGGUCUCCCUACGCCUGCGUCACCCUCAUCGCCUGGGCUGGUUAUGGAAGUACCCUCAGUCCCUACUCCAAGGCCGUCCCUGCUGUCAUAGCCAAAGCCUCAGCCAUCUAUAACCCCUUCAUCUAUGCUAUCAUCCACUCCAAAUACAGAGACACUCUGGCAGAGAAGGUUCCCUGUCUGCACUGCCUGGCCCAGACCCCCAGGAAGGACUGUAUCUCUGUGUCCAACAGUGAGUCCUCCUUCAGGGACUCCAUGCUCAGCAGACAGUCCUCCACCUCCAAGACCAAGUUCCAUAGAGUGUCCUCUAUGUCCACCGGAGACACACAGAUGUGGAGUGAUGUCGAGCUGGACCACAUGGACCAGCAGGGCCAAUCUCUGAGAAUCAGCCACUCCUCUGGAGCUCUGAGGGUGAAGGAGUGCAGACAGUCAGCCCAGCAGCAGGCCAAGAUAAGGAACAGCAACAGCCAGGAAAAGUGUGAGAGGGGCUCACUGAGCAGCUGUGACCACGACCUGGUGUCUGAAUCUGUCAACAUGGCCACCAUGUCCCUCCUUAUGACCAGGGAGGAGGGUGGAGAGGGGUGGCAGGAGGAGGACGAGAGGAAGACCCAGGAGAUAGCCCCCCAUUCAGCCCUUGAGGUGGAGGAGGCCCCCCCACCCCCAGCCUCACCCCCCAGGACCCCCAGGACCCUGAACAACAACAAACACAGAGACUCUGAGGUUUCCCAGAUCAUCAUCAGCCCCUUGUCAGAGACAACGGGGGACUAUAAGGUGGAGAAGCAUGGAGCACCAACCCGUGAGGAGAACCUGCUAUUGGGCCUGCAGAGUUUAAACUGCUCCACUGAACUGCUGGAAUCGGUGGAGAAAUUCCUCUCCUGAAACACCCCUGGGGAGUCAGUCUGAAGGUUUUGUGGUGUAUGCAUGAUGUGUGGAUGUGGAUGUGUUACUGUCAUAUUACUGUACAAUAUAGACAAUAGAGAGCAAGUGAGGAUUGUUAUGGUCCACGGAGGUUAUACGUACACUGUAACAGAAAACUGUAAAUUAUACGCACAUAUUGGGUAUUAUCAACAGUAAAAUGAUCUGAAACUGUUUUCUGCAGCAUACUGUAAAUUAUGGUGCA